CACUUCGGUCUUGCACUUUACCGUCCCGUCGAGUGAUCCCAAGCAGCCCGCAAGAUGACCAUCAACACCUUGGCUAAAGGAGGCUGGAACCAGGAGCAAAUGGCAUGCUUUCGGAAGAUGGAGAAAGUGAUUGUGGCCAUGCAGGACCCUGACAUGGGUAUGAAGAUGAGAAACCAGAGGCUCCUUAUCACUGUCAUUCCACACGCUAUGACAGGCCGUGAUAUGAUUGCCUGGUUGAUCCAGAAAUACAGUGUCUGUGAGGAGGAGGCACUGCACCUUAGUGGGAUGCUGGUGAGAUACGGGUACAUUUACCCUCUCAAAGAGCCGAGAUCUCUUGUGUUACAUCCCGACGAGUCGCCUUACCGCUUCCAGACUCCUUAUUUCUGGCUGAGUACCCGGUGGCCUGCAUCAGAGCUGGACUAUGCAAUCUAUUUGGCUAAAAAGAACAUAAGAAAACAAGGAGAACUGAUGGAGUAUGAAAAGGAGAGGUACAGUGUGUUACACAAGAGGAUCAACCACACCUGGGACUUUGUGGUGAUGCAAGCCAGAGAGCAACUCAGAGCAUCCAAACAGAGGCGGAAGGCUGACCGCAUUGUUCUAGAAUGUCAGGAGCAGGCCUACUGGCUCAUCAACAGACCCCCGCCUGGGGCACAUAAUGUGUUGGACAUGGGUCUGGAGAGACCAAAUAACUUCAGCGCACGAGUUACGCUGAACAGUGACUACUACAAAAAUGAGAUUGAAACCAGUCGAAGGGCUCUUGGAAGGAACCGUGUCAAGUCGUCCAUCUGCCUAGAGGGUUUUGUGAAAUACAGCGAGCAGUACCAGAACCACGACCCCAUUAUGCAAGGCUGCCUUCCCAGUAACCCCUGGAUCUCUGAUGACACCGCACAUUGGACAAUGAAUUUAGAAAUUGUACCAACGCCGACACGUCUCAGAGUGGAACGCUGGAGCUUCAGCUUCAUGGAGCUUCUCAAAGACAUCAUGGGGAGGCGGGAGUUCAUGCUCUACCUGGAGAAAGAGUUUAGCGCGGAGAACCUGUGUUUCUGGCAGGCCUGUGAGGAUAUUAGGCACGGAGAAAGCUCCAGGAUCAUAGAGAAAGUGGAAGAGAUCUACAAAAACUUCCUGGCUCCUGGAGCUGCUCGUUGGGUCAACAUCGACAGUAAGACGAUGGAUAAAACUCUAGAGGGGAUCAGACAUCCACACCGUUUUGUCAUGGACGCCGCACAAAUGCACAUCUACUUUCUCAUGAAGAAGGACUCUUACCCAAGAUAUCUCAAGUCUGACCUAUAUAAGAACAUGCUGGCCAAAGCUAUUGUUCCCCAGGAGACAAAGAAAAGUGUGUUCCCCUUCAUGAGACGCCAGCGGCACUCCAGCCCCUCCCCUGCUCAGGCUGUCAUCCACGCGACAGAAGAAGACGGGCAUGCCAAGGGGGCCGGACAAGCAGGUACUAACUCUGCAGCCGGCUCCCAUGUCUGAUGUCGGGCCAAAAAAAAGACGCAAUCUCAGUCUCCAUUGUCUCUGUUGGUCACCAAAGUAAACCGCCCCCCAAGGACUUUUUUCUUUCAAGUCAAACUUUCUGUGUGAAAGCAGAGCUUUCCACUUCACUGCGACAGUACCAGAGCUAGGAUAUCUCUGUUACAGGUGUUAAUGCGUACCUCAGCAGCAUCACAUCUUAUUCCCAGAGCACGAGCAGGAGAAAGAGCUUUUAGUGCUGCAUAGUCAUUCUGCAUCUACAUCCCAUCUCAGUCCUGCAUCUCAGUCCUCAGUCCUGUUCUUGAUAUUGAUUUCUAAUACCGAGUCUUCCUUUCUGCCCCUACAGCCUGUAUAUAGAAUCUACUCUGUCUCUCAUAAGCAGGUUUAGGCAAAACGGGUUGUUUAUAGGGCAAUAGAGAUGUAAAAUAUGUAUUUUGUCAGAACUUUGCCUCAGCACGUGUGUGAUUAUUGUACAGUCUGCUGGUUUUGUUCAUUCCAUGCUGGAAAUUCUCAUUGUCAUGGGUCUCGCUGUUAAUUUUGCUCGAGCAUGUUUUCAUCCCAAUAAAAUGUCACAAGGACAUUCAGUGUUGUGUUUUGCUCUCAGCUUUGCAUACUGUGGUAAACUGUGAAUGUGUGGAUAUGCUUUUCGUUCUCAUAUUCUCUUUCUUUCAUGUGAUCUGCUUCUUUGUGGCCCUUGGGUCUAUUUUGAGCACAAAGCCUUUAAAUGGUUUGUUUAAGCAUUUCUUAAACUCCAGAUGUGAUGGCUUUGUAAUAUUGAAUUAUCGAGCUCCAGUCACUCAUUUCAUUUGACAGCAACUUCCUGAAGCUGACAAACCCGCUGCUAUUGGCUCAGGUCUGUUCCCUACGGUGACAUCUGUCGGCACAUGCUGUUCUCUUUAUCUUCUGCUGCUGUGUCUGAACGUAUUCAUUUCUUUUUACACAUUUCCCCAUCAUCUAAUAACCUUUCAGAUGUUGAUUCCCUCCAUUGAUCCCGUGGGAGCUGCAGUUUCCUCUACUGGGUUGGCUCCCUCUACUGGCUGUAUGUGGGCAAAGUAACUAGCGUUAUUUAUCCGUUUAAAUUAGUGGGUCACAACCUUUUUUAUCUUGUCUACCCUUCAUCACAGGUUAAGGGCUGAGUGUGAACAUGGGAGGGUUCAGACCGUUGUAUAUACGCGUGAGAGCUGACAAGGUGAAAGUAUCCAGUGUUUCAAAAGGACAGAAUAUUUAUAAGAAAUAAACAUAAUUUUGUUGACAACACAUUCAUUAUUUUUUUUUUUA